GUCAAAGUACGGCUCCAACUACGAUCCGGCGAUGCGCCGAAGAAUAUGAGCGGUACCUUUAUGCAUAUCGUGCGAUCGCAAGGUGUUCUCGGACUUUACAAUGGCUUAUCGGCGUCCCUGCUCCGACAGAUGACGUACUCAACGGUUCGUUUCGGUGUAUACGAAGAAUUGAAGAGGCGGGCCACUGCCGACGGCUCGAAACCCUCGCUCCCACUACUUAUCGGGCUAUCGACGUUCUCGGGAUUCCUCGGUGGUAUAUCCGGUAAUGCUGCCGAUGUGACCAACGUUCGCAUGCAGCAGGACGCUGCCCUACCGGAGGCCCAACGCCGCCACUAUAAGCAUGGUCUGGACGGCAUGUUUCGCAUGCUGCGAGAGGAGGGUGUGCGUAGUUGGUUUCGAGGUGUAUGGCCCAACAGUACUCGCGCCGCACUCAUGAACGCCAGUCAACUUGCCUCCUACGACACCUUCAAGGCAUGGCUCAUGACCUACACUCCUCUGGGUGAUACUACAACAACCCACUUUGCUAGUUCUCUACUCGCUGGUUUUGUGGCUACUACGAUAUGUUCCCCGGUGGAUGUUAUCAAGAGCCGGGUAAUGAGUACCAGCCACCAGCAAGGUAUUGCUCACCUACUAAGCGAGAUCUAUGCCAAGGAGGGCAUAAAGUGGAUGUUUAAGGGAUGGGUGCCAGCCUUUUUGAGAUUGGGACCGUAAGUUUUUAUCCGGCUUACUAAGAAUAUCCCCUUUUCCCGAUGACUAAUUGCGAAAUAUAGGCAAACGAUAUGUACAUUCCUAUUCCUAGAAGCACACCGCAAGGUUUAUAGACGAUUCAAGGGAAUCGAAGAUUAAGUUCGCCUGCAUAUACAUAUACCUACAACUACAUAAAGACGAUACUCGAUACAGCAGACCUUAUAGAAAGGGGGCAUGGAUCUAGAAGUUUAUACCAGAAAGAAUGACGGCGUUUGGAAUUAUUGAAUUUCCGCAUUACCACAGGCGUUGGGGCGGCAUGUCGCACUUUUAGCUAGACGAUGGCGAGAUAGGGUA